CAUUCGCAUUCGCCAAAACAGUUCCAAAUCGAAGCUCGAGUCGCUCAGAUGGCAGCAGCAACAGCAACAGCAGCAAUUCCAAAGCUGUACGUCAGCCGUGCUACAAUUCAGCUGAGGCAGCCAGCAGUUGAGGCGCCUCCACUUAACUACGAAUGGCGUACCCAGGUCACAGGCCAGGCGCAGGAGCCGCCAGUGGAGUGCAUAAAAAGCAGCCAAACUAAUACAGCAGCAACUGGAGUUGCAGCAGCAGCAGCAGCGGUAGCGGUUGCAGCAGCAGCCACGCCCAUGUACACACCUCCACGCAUACAAGGCAAUGAGGCACAACGCAAGCAACUACCACAAACCCUGUGCAAUUUUUUCGAAGCGGAACGCUACGACAGCGCCUGGAAUCGGCUGACUAAGUGAGAGGAAACAGUCAGCAAUAUACAUAAAUGAUAUACAUAUAAAUAUAUAUACUCAAAUCAUAUAUAUAUAAGCUAUUGUGUGUCAAUGUGAAGAAUUUGUUACUUUAGUACGCCACUGAUGUGUUAAUAAGAUCAUAUUUAUGAAAUCAAAGCCAUUUAGUUUUAGUUCAAAAUAAAUAUAA